ACCACACUGCAUAAAAAAAUUGCAAUAGCUUGUUUAUUGUUAAAUGGCAACACCGGUCCCAGAUUUGUGUGCGCCGGCAUCGCACGUGAACGUGUCGCAAAAAUCUCAAUAAAUUAGUGAAAUCACAAUGUCGGACGAAUAUUUCUAUGGUGUCACCCUCUCCUCCUCACAUCAGUCGGAAACAUGGGAUCCGGAGGCGAAAGGGGACUACCCGAGGAGUAAUAAACUACUCAUACGCCAGGCACUUCUCGGACCAGAUGCCAAAGCCGAUGAAUUAAAUGUUAUACAGGUGGAGACAAUGUGUCUUCAAGAGUCGAUCAAAAUCCCCGUGGCUAUCCUCAAAGUGGGCGAGACGCGGCAAGUUCGCUUACACAUUGAGUUCCCAGACGCGCCCGUCACAUUCACACUCAUACAGGGUUCAGGGCCGGUGCACUUGAUCGGUCAGCAUCUCUUGGGUGCUUUGGUUGAGGAGUUUGAGGACAUGGAGGAGAUGGAAGAGGAAAUGCUGGACGAGGAAGAGGGUGAUGACUCCCAGUUCAAGGAAGAUGAGAAUAAAAGGAAACCAACACCCGGCAAGCGCAAGACGAAUGAGGACGAGGACGACGAAGAGGGCGAGCCAAAGGGCAAGAAAUCGAAAAUGUCAAAUAACGCCAAAGGCAAGGCCGCGUCACCCAAGAAGAACGCUAAGAAGUGAGCAGCAGACGCGCGCCCCGCCCCGUCCCGCCGACAGACCAACCGUGAAGACUGACAACAUUCGCGCCUGGCGAUUACACCGCUUUGACGUUUAGCGACUCUCAUACAAGUCUACAAUUUCCGAGUCUCUAUACUUGAAUUUUACCCUCUAGUACUACCACUUUUGUAAGUUACAGAAAUCAUUUUUGAAUGGCGCGAAAAUAUCUCAGCUAGGGCUUUUAAAUACCGGAUUUUUUCAAUACCGGUAUUAAUACCGGUUUUUUUUUCAAUACCGGGAUCCUGGUAUUUGGUCUGUAAAAAAAUUUAAAUUAAAAAAAAUUAGUUUUUGAAGAAAUGUUUCCAUAUAAAGUUUCUGUUAAAAUGAGCCAGAUUUUUGUAAGUGAUACAAAGUUGUCUCAUUUUAACUCUGUCUUAAGUCUGAGCAAAGUCAAACUUCGCUAUUUUGGAGUUCAGCCUGAGUGUCAGCAAAUCAGUAAUUGUAGACCAAGACUAGAUUCGUCAGACUUCUGUCCUAGACUUGUUGAGUAUCGCUAUAUGUCAAAAAUAUUACAAGAGUCAAGGCCUUGGUUCAUGUCUCCGUUGUAGGUAAUCUGUGCUGAGAGUAUUAUUUGUAAUGGUUCAACAUUUAGUGACUAAAGGGCAGAAAUGACAGACGAUUUAAAUCUUACAAUUUAAUUCUUGCCAAAAAACCUCAAUUUUGAUAAUUUUAAUUUCAAAUAUUAUGAUUCAUGAGUAUCCAUUAGUUUAUAUAACUAGCUGAUGCCCGCGAGUUGGUCCGCAUGGAUUUAGGUUUUUAUCAUCCCGUGUGAACUCUGAUUUUCUGGGAUAAAAAGUAGCCUAUGUCACUCUGUUUCUAACUGUAUUUAGGAUUGCCAGAUGCCCCGUAUUUUACGGGUUACCCUGUAUUUCAGGGUAUGAUAAUACAGAAACCCGUAAUUGCGAAAAUAAAAUACGGGGUUAAGUACGUUUUUCGUUGCUUAUUGCUGUCGAUGUUUGUCCUCGAAUCCGAAGUUAGCCGUAUUUGAAUUGAAGUGGUCGCGAGUCGGUGCGGCAAGCGGUUGGGGCUACUUAGUUGUAACUAAACUACAAUAGCGUGGUAAUUCAAUCUAGGUUAGCGUUGUAUCGUUUCAGUGUGUGACUGGGAGUGCGCGAGUGUGGAUGUCACUUUACUGGUCGAGGUAUACUACAAAAUAUUCUGAUCCUGUAGUUACUUCAACGCCUAAAGUGUAAGUUUUCAAGUUACUUAAAUCUCGGGACCGAAUUACCGGUAUUUUUGUAGCGUUACCGAAAUACCGUUAUGGUGACGAUAAAAAUAUAUACCGGUAAUUAUACCACCCAUGCUGUGUAUGAAAUAGCAUCUUUGUCUUCUGUAAGGUUUCAAGUUAUAGUGAUGUGUGUUGGCGUAAAUCUGUCACUUAUUAUGGAGCAAGUAUAAUUAUUGACAUCUAUAUUAUAUGCCAUAUAUUUGACAUCUUCAUACAAUUUGACAGAUUAACGUUACUCACCUUCACGUUUUUGUCCUUGCUCUAAGUAAAGUACUUAGGGGCUGUGCUAAAAUAUGUAAUAUGUUUUAAGUGCUAUUUAUAUAUUUUUUAAUAUGUCGUUUUGUAUGGACGACUUCAUGUAAAUUAAAAAAAAAUUACAUGGGUUAAAUAAAAAAGUUUAGUGCUAGGCUUUGUAGAGCCAAAAACUUACACUCUAGGCCCAGAUUGAGUGUGAUUUGUAUGGAAAACUUUCUGAUUUUUUUUUUUCAUUCCUUACUGUGGUAAAGUCUAAUAAUAGUUAUAUGUCUAUGUAAUAAGUGAUCACCCAGAUGUAUUUUUAAGUUAAGACAAAUCAGUGUAUGUUAGACAUUGAUUGUUUUUGUAUUUUGUAUCAACUACUAGACAUCCACAUAACGACUUCUCAUUUCAAAAAGUAACUAUUAUACUUUGUUUGUACAUAUACAUAUAAAACAAGAACAGUAAUAAUAAACCAAUUUCUAAACAUUC